UCAGCCAUGACAGAAACGUGUAUCCAUAACCAGCGAACUCACUCGAGUUUCACUUGCCGCACGCCAUGGGUUACUGGUCGGAGACUCGGGCCUGGAUCUUCCGCGAUCCGGCCAAGCUCAUCCGUUACCUGGUCCUCUUCGCCUGCUGCAUCGUGGUCAUUGUCCAGUUGUACGAGUGCUUCGGCAAGCUCUACGACCCGCCCAUCUCGACGCACUCCUACUACAACCUCAACGAAACCAUCGAAAUGCCGGCGGUCACCAUAUGUCGGGAGCCGCCUUAUAAGGAGGACACGCUAACGCGCCUUUCUGGCGGAGCCUGUCCCCACCCGAAAUACGCCACCUGCUGGAUGAACUAUCCUUUCGGAGAAAUAUCUCUGGAAGAGUUCUUUGAAAAUAGCACUCAUGAUAUGGGCGACACUUUUGUUUUCUAUGGUCUAAACGAAAAUUCAAAUAAUGUGGUGAUGAACAGCAGUCUACAUUUUUACAUGGGUCGCUGCUAUACCCUCAGGCCCAAGGAGCCCGCCAAGAGAGUGUCGAAGGCCGUGGGUUACUCCCUGAUGCUAGAACAUUCCAUGCUGACCACUUCCACCAGCGAUGUGGACACAGGUGGCGUGGGCUGGCAUGUCUUUAUACACGAUAAGAAGGAGAAUUUCACAGAAAUCAACAUGAAGGGUUCUGGGCGUGUGGAGUACGUUUUUGUGAGGGUCAAUGAGGAAAUCGAGAUCAAACUUCAGACGCAAUACUUCUCCAAUGUGCAGACGCGUCAGGAGGCUUGCUCCCACGACGAGGACUACAGUGACUUGAAGUGUGGUGAGCAGUGCAUCUGGCAGGAUCUGGCUGACAAUAUGCAGUGUUCGGGACCUUGGAUGCAUGAAAUUGCAAGUGAGCCCUGCAAUGACUCUGUCUCGAUGCGAAAACUAAUAUCGGAUUAUAAGGAUGUAUAUGAAAACGAGGAUGACUUCGACUGCGACUGCAUUCAGCCCUGCCAAUCGAGAAUCUACACAACCUUCAUUCAGAACCGCAAGACCUUCAUUCAACCAGAGCCCCGCACCCAAAUCUAUAUAUACUACACAACGAAACUGAUAUCGAUGAUUGAAGAGCGUCCCAGCUACGACACCACACAGUUCAUAGCGGAUGUGGGUGGUUCCCUGGGAUUUCUGCUGGGCCUGUCUGUCCUGGGGCUGAUUGGAAUACUAGAACACAUGACUCUCUUCUUCUGUGGCGGCUUUAUCAAGAGGAUGCAGCAGAAGGAGCAGGCCAGGAAGGAGCAGGCGCUUUCAGAGGAUGGUCAGUCGCAAACCAGCGAUGAGACCAUCGACAUAGCCAUUGCUUAUAAGAAGAAGGACAAUAAGCAAACUAAAUAUUGAGUCAAGAACCAAGCUGGCUUGGUUUUGCCUUAGAACUAGGAAGUAUAAAGAAAACUAUUCCAAUACACUU